AUGUUUCAACGUACACACGUAAACGUAAACAACAACCGUCACUGUUCGCGAGGAACAUCCGCCGCGCUCGCCGGUCCCGCGCCUACUGCGAGCGAGCACCGCUCAGCACUAAGCAGUGAGCAGUCAGCACCCAGCGCCGGCCAGCGUCAACAGUCAACAGUCGCAGCAGUCAGCCGCCCACCACCAGCUCGCCGCCCGCCCCCGGCGCUAACACUGGCACUGAAAAGUCUACGUCCUACACAAAUAUGCCACUCUAAC